GGCAGCUUGCUGCAGCCCCGCGACGGGGAUCUCUUCCGCUGCCGCCUCUGCCAGGGCUUCCUCUUCGAGCCCGUCUCCCUGCCGUGCGGACACACCUUUUGCAAGAAGUGCCUGGAGCGGGCGGGCGAGCCCCUCUGCGCCCUGUGCCAGGACCGCGGGGCGGCCGGGCAGCCGCUUCGCGUCAAUGUCAUUCUCAGCAACCUGCUGGCCAAGUGGCUCUCCGGCCAAGCCAAGGCGUCGCAGCUCCGGCACGAAGGGAACCUCUUAUAUAAGGAGAAGAAACUGCAGGCUGCCCUGCAGAAGUACAACGAAGCCGUCAGCUUAGCUCCAAAUGACCACUUAUUAUAUAGCAACCGGUCCCAGAUUAACUCUACUUUGAAAUCUUAUGAAGGUGCAUUGCAUGAUGCAGAAACAGCAUGCAGGCUCCAACCAUAUUGGUCCAAGGGUCACUUAAGGAAAGGACAAGCAUUAGCUAAUGUGGGGAAAAUAGAAGAAUCUUUGAGAGAGUUUCUGUUUUGCCUUGCACUGGAUUUUGGGAACAAGACUGCCAAAUCAGAGGCUCAAAAGCUUCUACUUAGUUUAUUUUCACCCAUCCCGGGAAAUGCUCAGGAACACUUACCAGAUAUCCUGCAGCUGUUGUCACCUCACUCUAGAUUAAAGGGGAAUCUUCUAAAUUCAGUGGGAUCUGGAGACACCAGCCACAAUCUACAAAGGUUGCUCAAGGUAAAUGUGGAACAGAAAAAGGAUUUCCCUGCUCAGGAAGAACAAAUAACGACUGACUGCAGUCUGAGAAAAUCCGUUCAAAUGCUAGAGAGUAAAAAAGGCUGCUCAGAGGAUGAGAACCAACACCCUCCCACCCCCGAGUCUGCCCUUCUCAUGGCUGAGAAAUGCAGCCUCCUGAAGAGAAAGUACUGCUCUGAGGAGACGAGGAGUGCUGAGGUGCCCUGCAAAAUCACAAAGAAAGAUGCCGUAGAUGCCAGAGGAUCCAGUGCUGGGCACCGCAUUCCCUUUGAACUUGUGGACCCCUCUGACCUGGAUUGCUCUCUGUGUAUGAGGCUUUUCUAUGAACCAGUCACCACACCUUGUGGGCACACCUUCUGCCUGAAAUGUCUUGAAAGAUGCCUAGAUCACAACCCAAAAUGUCCCCUGUGCAAAGAAGGGCUUUCUGAGUGCUUGGCCAUGAGGCGAUACUGCAAGACAGUAGUGAUGGAGGAGUUAAUAGCCACGUAUCUUCCAGAGGAACUCACUGAGAGAAGAAAGGUGUAUGAAGAGGAAAUUGCAGAGCUCUCCAAUUUAAAUAAGAAUGUCCCCAUCUUCGUCUGCACAAUGGCCUAUCCCACAGUCCCUUGCCCGCUGCACAUCUUUGAGCCGUGUUACCGACUGAUGAUUCGGAGAUGUAUGGAGACUGGCACCAAACAAUUCGGAAUGUGUCUCAGUGAUCCUGUCAAAGGGUUUGCUGAUUAUGGCUGCAUUCUGGAGAUCAGGAACGUUGAAUUCUUUGCUGAUGGGCGCUCGGUUGUAGACAGCAUUGGCAGGAGGAGGUUUAAGGUGAUAGAGCACAGCCAGCGCGAUGGAUACAACACAGCCGAUAUUGAGUACAUCGAGGAUCAGAAGGUGCAAGGAGAGGACUCUGCUGAAUUACUUGUUCUGCAUGACUCUGUGUAUGAUCAGGCUUAUACGUGGUUUAACUCACUCAAACAAGCACUCAAGAGUCGAAUUCUCAGUCACUUUGGUCCAAUGCCAACUAAGGAUCCUGAUCCACAGGCUAACCCCAACGGCCCUGCAUGGUGCUGGUGGGUCCUUGCUGUCCUUCCACUUGAGAGUAGAGCUCAGCUCCCAUUUCUUGCCAUGAAAUCCCUGAAAGACCGCUUGAAUGGCAUCAGACGUGUCCUUACCUUCAUGUCCCGUGCAAGGUCACGAUGAUGCUGAGCACGAGUUGGGAAGCCUCUCGCAAUACUUGACUGUGGAGCUCCUCUUGCGACUAUAUCUAACUGCAAUAAUGUCUUACGGACGUGCGUGUCAAAACAGGACAUGUUGGAAGUCUAACUUCCCAAGAAAAUACAAAGAGCCAAGGCUAUUAGCAGAGCAUUCAGUAGUAUCCAUUGGAACUCUGAACUUUAAGGAGACUACAGCGGUGCACUGCUAGACUAGGAUUGGUGUUAUGUAACAGAACAAAACUUAAAGUGAUCUUGUUUGCCAUAAACCUUUUGAAAGUUUGAGGUGGUUUUUUUUUGUAGUAAUAGAUGAAUGAAAUCUGUGCAGUUUAAUGUGAAACAGAAAUACGAAUAGUGUUAAAGCAUUAUUUCAAUGAACUUUUAUUCCAAAUGGUUCAGGUUUAUAUAGCAUUGUGUAUUAUGACCACAACUUCUGUUUGAUCACUUAUUUUUGCACUACAAUGUCUUUUUUUGAUUUCCAAAUGUAUAUUGUAAUUAUUUAUGUGUACAUUCUCUACACAGGAAGUAAGCUGCUCUAUUUAUUUAUGGUGUCUUACCAUGUAUGAAUGAUUGGGGAAAAGAUACUAGGAAUACACAAGCUACUACUUCGAUCAUUUUUCUACACAUUUGUGUUUGAGUACUUUGAAUGUUUUUUCUACUUCUCUCCAGUGUUCUUUCUAUAUUCCGAGGAUUUCCCCAAUACAGCCUGCCGUGAAUAUGCCGACUUUGUAGGUUCAAGCUCUACCUGCAAAUGAUAGUAAUUUCAGAUCUUAACUUGGCUCCCAGUUAAGCAAAGCACUUAAGCAUAUGUUGAAGUGUCUUCUUGACUUGGGGCUUUGGAUAGCAAACCUCAGUGGGGUUUACCCAGAGACAAUUUAGGAUCUCGCUGUUCAUUUUUUGCACAGCUAUAAAGAGGAGCACUCCAUCUCAGCUCGCAGUGAAAUGUAUUUUUCUGGAGUGUUGAGAGGCUUGCAGCUAGCAACUGUCACAAAGCAGGAACUGAUGUGAGACACCUUUCACGAAGGAGCUGCAGUUGGGGGUGGCAUUUCACGUUGAUUAUUAGCAAUUCUUUAUCAGCCCUUUUAAAUGUUAAGCUCUUGUUGUGUUUGUAAUUAAUAUGAUUCGGUUUUUUUGCUAUGUAGGGCUCCAGGAGGGCAUACAAAGAACGGUAUUUUAAUAAAUUUCUUAUUUAUUCCAUCUUCACCUCCAGGCUUUUCCAUUAGCUGCAAAUCUCUCCCUGAUUUCUGCAUUUCUCUUGUCAGACUGAGGACAGCUUCAUUGCUAAGGGCUAAGUGUAAACUGGCUUUCACUUUUUCUUCAUGUUUUGUUGCUUCGUAAUGUUUUGGGCCUGACCUUGCAGGAGUACUGGACAGAUGGCACGGGAGCCCUCGGAGUUCAAUUUAGUGAGUCUUAACUAGACCCAUUAAAUCAAACUCCAGAAGAUUGAUCAUGGCAGCAGUGAUCUUUUGCAGCAUGAAAACAUGCCCUUAGUACAGUUUCAAACCGUUACAUGAAAGGACACGAGGGGAUGCUUCCUGUGAAUCAGCCAGGCCUGUACAGACCAAUUAAUGUGUAAAAUGACAGUGAAUUUCAGAAAUUAUAUGCCCCUCAUUUUCAUUACUGCUUUUUGGUGGCAAGCUCUUAGAAGUCAGUGAUAUCCCUGCGAUAAACAAAUUGUACUGUGAAAGGGUGAAGUCAACGUGACUUGAGUAACCACUUCCGUAGUUUUUAUUUUCCAGUGUUCACUGGAAACACCGAUUCCUCUUUUAUUGGGAUGGUUAAUCUGUUAAAGCCGAAAAUCAGAAGCCUUACGGAUGUAUUACGUACCACUGGUUUAAACCAUCAGCCAACAUGCAUUUUAUGUCUGGCAUCUGUUGUCUUACAGAAGAAAACCAAUGCAUCACUUGGCAAAGAGUGAGUUCUUGCAGGUGAAGUCACACUUAAAAUGCAGUUCUGACUUAAGUUGCACAUUACUAACCCAGAAAUGGCUUAAAAGCUCAGCCCUGUUCUUAUAGAAAUCUGAGUGGUUUUGGUCCUCGUGUGCAGGAUUUGGCCUUUAAAUGUAUUUGAAGGCUCACUGCUUUUUAAUUCUUUUCUGCAUGUCAGAACUACUCUUCUGUGUUCACAUUACUGAAGGGUUCUUUAGUUACACGGGGCUUGAUGGAUUUCAAAAUGCGGCAUUGUCCUUUCCAUCAGCCUCAGGUCAGUUAAGACCACUAAGAUUCUAACUUAGCUGUGGUGCUAAUAUCUCCUAGUUUCUAGUUAUGCCAUGGUGUAGUGUGUUUUUCAGAUACAGUAAAUGUGGCAUCUUUUCUGAAACCUGAGAGGAUUGCUUUAACCAUGCCUUCACUUCAAUUUCAUAUACUACACUGAUCCCAUAAGCAUACUGACAUAGUAAGUUAUCUGUGCAUCCAAAAAUAUUGAUUGAUGGGAGUUUUGUCUGCUCACUAAAUACAGGCUUGGGUAUAUAGUUCUUUUACAGCAUAGGGUAAAAUUUAAUGCUGUGGAAUAAAACCAUUUUAAUUUCAUUUAACCCCA